AUGGAGCAAACGUUUAUGACGAUUCAUUCCACGGACCCCAGCGCUGCUAUUCUGUUCGUGUCUGACUCAGUCUUCGACAUACUGGGUUAUACCCCUCAGGAGGUACAGGGGAAGUCAUGCUUUGACUUCUUUCACCCCGACGAGGUGCCUUUCGCUCGUUCUGUUCACAGUCGCGGCGUCCUACUGGAUAAGGCCGCCGUGCUUCACUAUGUUCGCAUCAUGUCGCGCGACGGCCAGUGGAUCCGUCGACUUUUCUCGAGCUCUCCCCGAGACCCCCGCUACCACAUGCUGGAGCAUCUGUCGCCCAAAUUCAGGAUGCCUCCCGUCGAGCGCGAGCCUCGCGCAGCCCUUAUCUUGAAUAGGUUCACUCGCACCCUGACUGUCAUGUUUGCAACCAAUGCCGUGUCUUCCAUCCUCGGUGUCCGACCAGACCAGAUCAAGGACAAGAGCUUUUACGAGUGCAUCCAGGAGAACUGUCUGCCGGAUGCCAUCCGGUGUCUCGAGAGUGCAAAGGCCAACGACUCGAUUGCCUACCUAAGAUUCUGGUAUAGAGAUCCGCGCCGGCCCGAGGACUUCGAUAACGAGGAUGAUGAGGAACACCAGAGCGGGAACUCGAGUGAUUCGGAUGGUGGCGGCGUUCAACUCGACGAUCAGCUUGAUGGUCGAAUGGACAUCGACGAAGAUGACACUCAGAUUAAGCAAGAGGACCAGACCCGGCCAGAGAUGUCACAUCACAGUUCCACGACAAACACAGCGACCACGAAUGCUUCGGGUUCGAGCAGUGGGACGCAGCAGACUGCGGCCUCUUCAGCUCCGUCCGUCGAUGGCGCGGCAGCCCAGCCAUCCGCGCCUGCUGACCGUCCGAGAAACCGUCGUCGAGAGCCGCCCGCGGCCUUUGAGCUGGAGGCUGUCGUGUCCUGCACGUCGGACGGCCUCGUUGUCGUGAUCCGCAAGGCGCGUCCCCCGAUUCCGGCGCCUCAUGCGCCACUGGUCGUGCCAACUUAUACCAACGGUCUAUUCGCUGCGCCUUGGGGCCAAUAUCCGAUUCGGCCUCAAGUCCCACAGGAAGCGCUCUACACGUUUAGGCCUCCUCUCAUGCCACAGUACAUGCCUCUGCGCGACAAUGUGAUGACGGCUGGAGGUCCACCAGUCGACCACCUCAUGAACUCCAUCAGAGACGUUGCUGUUUUUGCGUGGGCGCUGGUGGGAAUCAAUGGCAACCUCGCCACGUACACGCGAGGAUUACCGCGUGAUCAAGCCCAGCCUGACGGGCUACCUGUCUGGGACCCGAGCGCUGGAAGUGCCUCUCCGUCGUUGGGCGAAUUAUGA